CUAAAGUGGCAUUUAUAGUCACCUCUUCUCUGCCCACCUCACAUACCAAGUCCUUCAGCUUGGAUUUUUGAGAGGACUUUGAUUUUCAAGGAAUGAAAAGAAAGAAAUGUCACUCCAAAAGAACUCAUUCCCCUUUUAUAUGGUACUGAAGAGACUACGAAUUGGCACAUUCAGCAGUAAAACCUGUGUCAGGUCGCAAGGUUAAGGGUUCUUGGAUUUAAAACGUAGCGCGCCUGACAAAUGUGGGGAAGGGAGCUCUGUGAGCGUGCUCCGAAGACUGCGGGCUUCCUCCUGCCUUCGGGGCUCAAGCCGGCCUCCAGGGGGCCCAGCCAGCACUGCCAGCGGCCGGGGUCCUUCCCGACCGACCGGCGCGGGGAGGGGGCGCUGCCGCCACAGCUCCUCGGGAAGUCGGCGGGCCUGGCUCCCGGGAACCUGGGCAGGGGAUUGUGGAAGAGCUGGCUCAGCCGAAGAAGAAGAAUCAGCAACUUCAGAAAUCACUUAGGAAGAUCGGCUCCUCCCGCCUCAUCUCACCAUCUGCUUUUCUGCUUACUUGGAACAAGGCAAAAACCGCCAACAGUCACUCGAAAAGUUACAUGGUUUCGAUUUCGAUUUUAUCUCAGCCCGACUUAGCUGGCGAUCCUAUCCGGGCUGUUUCAGAACUGAGUCCUGCGGGGCCAGACUGAGCGGCGGUGAGCGCGGCUCAGAGCUCACCCUCCUCGGGGCAGCAGCGCCAACGCCAGGUUAGCAUGGCAUCAGACUCUAUCAUGAAGGGGCCCAUUUGUCUAGUGAAAAAUGAGAAAGAGCAGCUGGCCGUGAAUUCCAAAGCCAUCAGGAUUCUUGACAAGAUAUCCCAACCAGUGGUGGUGGUGGCCAUUGUAGGCUUGUAUCGCACCGGAAAAUCUUACCUCAUGAAUCGUCUUGCUGGCCAGAAUCAUGGAUUUGCUCUGGGCUCCACAGUGCAAUCUAAAACCAAGGGCAUCUGGAUGUGGUGUGUGCCCCACCCCACCAAGCCAAACCACACACUGAUCCUUCUAGAUACUGAAGGCCUGGGUGAUGUGGAAAAGGGAGACUCUAAGAAUGACUCCUGGAUCUUCGCCCUGGCCGUGCUUCUGAGCAGCAUCUUUGUCUACAACAGCAUGGGCACCAUCAACCACCAGGCCCUGGAGCAGCUGCACUAUGUGACUGAAUUAACACAGCUGAUCAGGGCAAAAUCUGGCUCCAGAUCUGAUGAAAUAGAAGACUCCACUGAGUUUGUAAGUUUCUUUCCAGACUUUAUUUGGGCUGUUCGAGAUUUCACUCUGCAGCUGAAGUUAGAUGGAUGCCCCAUCACAGAAGAUGAGUAUCUGGAGAAUUCCUUGAAGCUGAUUCCAGAAAAAAAUCCCAAAAUCCAAAAUUCCAACUUGCCUAGAGAGUGUAUCAGGUAUUUCUUCCCUGUACGAAAGUGCUUUGUCUUUGACCGGCCUACGAAUGACAAAAACCUAUUAUUCAACAUUGAAGAUGUUCCUGAAAGCCAACUGGAAUGGAGUUUUCAGGUGCAAUCAAAAAAUUUCUGCUCCUAUAUUUUUACCAAUGGAAAGACCAAGACCCUGAGACAAGGAAUCAUUGUCACAGGAAACCGGUUGGGGACUCUGGUGGAGACCUACGUGAAAGCCAUCAACAGUGGGGCAGUGCCUUGCUUGGAGAAUGCAGUGACCACUCUGGCCCAGCGUGAGAACACAGCAGCCGUGCAGAAAGCAGCUGACUUCUACAGUGAGCAGAUGGCCCAGCGCCUGCAGCUCCCCACAGACUCGCUCCAGGAGCUGCUGGAUGAUCACGCGGCCUGCGAGAAGGAGGCCAUUGCGGUCUUCAUGGAGCUCUCCUUCAAGGAUGAAAACCAGGAAUUCCACAAAAAGCUGGUGAGCACCUUGGAGAGAAAGAAGGAAGAUUUCUUGCUGCAAAAUGAAAAAGCAUCUAGCAAAUACUGCCAGGACAAGCUGGAGCAGCUCUCAGCGCCCCUGAUGGAAAACAUUUCAGAAGGAAUUUUCUCUGUUCCUGGAGGUCACAGACUCUACUUAGAAGCAAAAAGUAAGGUUGAAGAGGGCUACAAGCAGGUGCCCAGGAAAGGCGUUAAGGCAAAUGAGGUUCUCCAGAGCUUCCUGCAGUCUCAGACUACGAUAGAAAAAUCCAUUCUGCAAUCUGACAAAGCCCUCACUGACGGGGAGAAAGCCAUAGCAGCUGAGAGGGCCAAGAAGGAGGCAGCUGAAAAGGAACAGGAGGUGCUAAGGCAGAAAACUGAGGAGCAGCAGCAAAUGAUGGAGGCUCAGGAAAGAAGCUUCCAAGAAAACAUGGCUCAGCUAAAGGAGAAGAUGGAGAAGGAGAGGCAGGACAUUCUGAGGGAGCAGGAACGCAUGUUGGAGCACAAGUUGAAGGCCCAAGAAGAACUACUGAGGGACGGUUUUAGAAAGAAAUCUGAAGCAUUAAAUAGAGAGAUACACCACCUGAAAGAAGAAAUUGAAAAAACUCAAGACAAGAAAUCUUUCUUUUCAAAGAUUGUUGAUACAGUUGGCACUGUUUUAGUAGCAGUGUUACCUGGGGCUGGUAAACUCGUUGGUUUAGGGAUGAAAAUGCUUAGUUCACAAAUGGACUAGUCUGAGAGUUCCUGGACAGGAAGUAAUAAAAUAAGACUUCUUUAAUUUUAA